GACGUGUUCAGGCGGUCAAGGUUUUCCACCACAAUAUCCUGGUCCCAAUAAAAUCAUUCCGUAAACCUAAUUGCGUUUGCCUUUUCUUCAACAUUGCCGUAUAUCACAGGCUUAUAAUGGCCAAGUUUCAGAAUCUAAGGUUCAUAACAGAGGUUGCCCCGCCGCUGUUCAUCUCCAUGGCAAAGCGUCGGUCCACCAAAAUGCUGCUGGCAACCAUUGCCGAGGAAGAAAAAGAUAAUCUCAGCGAGGUUGUCGAUGAAACCCUUUGCUCAACAAUUAAUCGAUGUUGUGUCUGUCGAGACAAAUAGAGGCAUCUUUCCUUCUAAAGUAGAUGUUAAAGAAGAAAAAUAAAAGAAUGGUGUGACAUUCUCUUGGUCAUGGGUUCGGUGGCUAAAUUUUAAUGAAUAAGUAGACGAGGGAGAGACAACAGUUUUGCUAUGUACACCAUUGGCAUUGUGUUGUUUUUGCCUUGCUUACAUUGUUUUCCGAAUUUUUACUAUUAAGGAAAACGUAUCAAUCUCUGUUGUUUGCUUUUGUGUUUCUCCAAAUAAUAAAGAUUGAUUCCAUUA